UUUCUUUUUCUUCUAUUUUUUUAAUUUUUUCUUUAAUACCAACAAGCCGAAAAGUGAUUUCUAGAAUGCAAUUUCCUGGUCAAGGAUAUACAUUGAACGGUGGCGGUUACCCACCACCACAACAGCAAGGUUAUCCACCACUUCAUCCAUCACAGCAAUACAAUCAAGGCUACCCUCCACCGCCGCAACCAUAUCCAGGCUAUCCCCCACCGUCAUCUCAACCUCCACCAUAUCAAGGCUACCCACCAUAUACUUACAAUAGUCAACCUCCACCAUCUACCUCUUCAAUGUACCCUCCACCGCUCCCGGCAAAUCAUCCUCACAGUAACAACCAUCAUUCUAUUCCACCACCUCUCCCUUCUAGAGAGUCAUUGCCCCCACCUCCUCCUCCAACAAGACCACCUGCCUCUCCACUAGAUCCACCUUUUUCACCAAACGAUCCAACGCUAGGUCAGGCCAACUAUCACCAACCACCCCAUUCGAUCUACAAUCCAUCACCUGCACCCGUUCUUCAUAUUCCACCACCACCCAAUGUCAAUCCAAAUGACUUUGUGUUACACGUCAAUCCAAAAUUCAGAAAUAUCCCUCCACCUCAGUUUCAAUUAUCCAACUGUCAAGGUCGAAAGCGAGCUUUACUGAUCGGCAUCAACUACUUUCAUACUCGUAACGAACUGAGAGGCUGCAUCAACGAUGUUCAUAAUGUGAAGCACUUUCUUAUCACUGUGUAUAACUUUCGAGAAGAAGAUAUGAUCAUCCUCACCGACGACCAGGUUCAUGAUGCACGCCACAUGCCUACGAAGCAGAAUAUGAUUCAAGCCAUGCAAUGGCUUGUGCACGAUUCGCGACCCAACGAUUCUUUCUUUUUUCAUUUUAGCGGACAUGGAGGUCGUAUGCGUGAUUAUGACGGUGACGAAGAUGAUGGCUAUGAUGAGACAAUCUAUCCUGUAGAUCACGAAGUGUACGGGCAAAUUGUGGAUGAUAUGAUGAAUGAUAUUAUGGUGAGACCCUUGGCUCCAGGCUGUCGGUUAACGGCUAUUUUUGAUAGUUGUCAUUCCGGGACAGCCUUGGAUUUGCCGUACGUUUAUUCAACACAGGGUGCAGUGAAGGAAUCGAAUUUGUUCAAGGAGACAGGAAGCAGUUUGUUGAAUGCUGGAUUGGCCUAUAUGUCGGGGAAUCCGAUGAAAGCUGUAUCAUCCAUGAUGUCCAUUGGAUCCAAUUUAGUGAAUGGUGGUGGUUUGUCUAAACAAAAGAAAGAAAGAGUCAAGCAACAAAAAGGUUCGGCUGCGGAUGUCAUCAUGUUGAGUGGUUGCAAAGACAAUCAAACUUCGGCAGAUGCUCAAGAAGCAGGCAGAGCAACAGGAGCAAUGAGUUGGGCUUUUACGACAGCGCUGAGACAAAACAGAAAUCAAUCUUAUUUGCAGUUAUUGAAUUCAAUAAGGCAGUUGUUGAAACAAAAGUAUCAGCAAAGACCACAAUUAUCAUCAUCACAUCCGAUGGAUAUGAAUUUAUUAUUUAUGAUAUAACAUGAGCUACAGUAUUAAAACGAAACC